GUAACUCUGACAAGACACACUGAUGACCCCAGGAUUCAACCUCCGGAAAUCAUCAAAAAUUUCACCAUUACUGAUGAGUUAACUGCUGUUGUGUAUGUCAAUAUAAGUCCUGAAACCAACACUGUCUCCGAAGACAAGGGUGUUCUAAAGAUAUGUGCAGAGAUGACAGGCUGUUGUCCUGUCCAACCAGAAUUCAGUAUACCAUUUGAAAUUACAAGUGGGACUGCAGUAUAUGGGAAAGACUUUCGGGUGGAAACUGACCGCAUUGCAUUUAAGUCCUGCCAAAACAUGAGCUGUAUAGAUGUGGAGAUCAUAGACGGUGAAUCCCUGGAAAAAACUGAGUGGUUCAAGAUUGAAUUUAUGAUGGCUACCCGCACUGCUCGUAGCGAACACUCGUGGAUUGACCGUAUCCAACUCCAGGGACAAGUCCAGAACAUUACCAUUGAAGAUACUCGGGAAAUGGUCACGGUUUCUCUGGACUCUGAUGAGGAUCUCAUAGUCCGAGAGAAUGAGACCAACCUACUGAGUGUGUGUGCAGAUUUGGACUACGCUAUUGAUUUCCAGUUCAGUGUUAAUUUUAUACUGAAAUCUGCUGAAGGAGAUGUAAUAAAUGUGACACCAGGAACCGGAGGGAAUGGCUUAAUGAAAAUCUGUGCAAAUAUAAGUUUCACUGCACCAGUAAAACCCGGACAACUGAAAGAGUUUAUAGUUACUCUGGAGAUACUUGGUACCCUGUAUGACGGAAUCAGACUGAGCGGCCAACUCAAGAUCUUUGUGUGUGAUGAGAUU